AUGAAAGCUCCAAUUCGUAGCAAGUUAUGUGAUGGCAUCCUACAUGACAAUUUGGUAUGCAAGCUACCUUAAGGAAGAACAAACAUGACCUCCCUCAUCGGUUGUAAACAGAACAUAGGUCUGGGUAUUGACCCUUUAGCCUUAGUGGGGGGAAACAAGUGAUUGGCAAUACUGCAUUUCCAUCAGGACUGGAGAAAGGCUCUAUAUACAGCGUUGAAAGCCAGUGAAAGUAAGCAAGGUGGUGGCAUAGUAUACACACAUACUGUGCAGUGUCAUGGGGAUUAGUCCCAGGCACCCGAACACCUACAAAAUGAUCUAGAGAUGACGGGGGGAAAGGCAGAUGAGUUUUGAGAAGCUGGUUAUGUCAUUCCCAAUAGGUCUGCCCAGUGCUUUUUUUUCUUUUCUAAAAAAAUGUUUAGGGCUACUCUCAUUUUCCUACUCAUAUUGAAAUACUGCCCCUCAAUGAGGCCAAACUUAGAUUCACAAAUUUUUUAGGGGUAUGUGUACCCCCGUGUCCCCCCAGAAAAAAGCACUGGGUCUGCCCCACUAACAUUGCAGAAGAUGCUGCUGCUGUUGUCACCAUGGUACAGCCUCUCCCUGCGUCACAAUGAGUGCAACAUGUGUGAAGACUGCCCUAUGUAAUACUAAAUGCAAGUGAAGAGGGAAGGAUGGGGGUGAGCAAAAGUUAAGGAUGGGGGUUUGAGAGAGGACAUUGUCAGUAAACAGCACAGAGGGCAGCCAUUUGUGGAAUUUUCCACUGCAGAAAGAGAGGUUUUAAAAGGAGGUGAGUUGGCUAGAAAGAGUAUUGAAGGGUGUUCAAGGUAAAUGGAAAACAUAGGAUAGUGGCAAAAGGGAAUACUAGGAUCCAAAUACGCAAUAGGUUUGUGAAAAAUUAGAAAAGGAGGAAAGAGAAGAAAUAGUUCAGAGAAAGAGAGACUUCAGAGAAGCAACAACAGGAAAGGAAGGCUGGUGAGUGAUUAAGCAAUCAAAGAAGGUUUUAGCAGCGAAUAAAGGUGGGAAAAGGGGGAGAUUCUGGAGAUGCCCCAGUUUGUUGGGGGAAGAAAAGAGUCAGGAUGACAUACUGGAGAGGCACUGACCAAGAGAAAUGGCGUGUGUGUGUGGCUGCAGCUUGUGGGAGUAUUGAAAGGAAAGAUGAGACCUGUGCCUUUGCCAUUCUCAGGCUGAGACAGCACAUCCUAAUGGGAAUGCAAAAGAAACAGGGCGAUGAAGGUGAAAGAGCAAGAGAAGUUAUUAACAUAAAGGUGACAGUGUGAAGAGAGGAGCACAUAUGAGCACCACCAGGGUGAAUGCAGAAUGGGAAACGCAGACAGAGAGAGAAAUAAUGGGACUGUGCAGGACCAUGAUGCAAUUCAGAAAGAUGAAGACGAAGCGACGCUAAAAUAGAAAAGGAAUGGUGGCUUCUUGCCCUCUGCUUUCAAUCAUGCUCAGACACCCUCCUUCCCAUUGUGGGACGGGGCAAAAUGCCUCUGGGGUCUCACCUGCACCACCCUUUGCAAUGCACUCAGCCACCCUGUAAGCAAAGUCAAGUCACACACGAGGUGCAUUAUAUUGCCAAGAAGUAGAGUACUGUAUGUAGAAAACUUUCCAGAAAACAUCUGCCUAUUUUAGAGAAGGGAACAUAACACUUAAACUUCAGAGAUGUAAUUAUAUAUAUCACCUACAUAUUAAAAAGCCUGAAAGACUCCCUUACUGAAUUCCAGGUGUGAGCUACAAGCAACAGUGAGAUGCGAUUAACUUUAUGUCCCACUUGUAAACUUCACAGAUGUAUUUUAAUUGAUCUAUGUUUCUAUCUUGCUCAGUCUUCAAGGACCUCAGGGCAGUGUUCAAGGUUUUCCCUAUGACUGCUUCAACUUCCUCAAACCAGUCUUAGGAAGUAGGUGAGACUGCAAGUGAGUGAGUAGCCUAUAGUCACCACUAAGCUCUACCACCUUCCCUGCCACCACAGUCACUCCCCACACCGCCAGGAAGCUUACCAAGUGUUGGGUAGAGAGGCUUUUAGUCAAAAGGUCUUUAGGAGAUUUGUUGUUGUUGUUCCUUGCCUUUUCUCCUGACGGACUCAAGGUGGCUUACAGAUAAAAUAGAAACAGUUAAAAACCUAGAAAAAGAAACCAUAAUUUAAAAAGGUGUUUAGGUGGCUGGUUGACCCAUUCUUUAUUAGCUAUAAAUUUGGUAUAGAUAAGAAUUAAGUUGAAAUAAUACAAUAUUUUUUCUUUCUCUUUAGUAGUUCCAAAAUGUUUAGGAUUUUAUGCACUCCUGGCUGGUUAUAAACAACCUCUGCCUCUAAUUGGAUGUAGGCUUGUUUCUGUUCCUCAGAUGUUGUGCUUAAAGUUAUAGCAAUACAGCCUGAAAUGAGGUUUCAGAUUUCUGUAUGUGUGAUUUUCUUUUUUUAAAAAGAGAAUACUUCAAACAAUGUUUGCAAAUUGCUUGCUUAAAAAGCUGAAACAUGCUCCAGGUCAACUGCUAGAGCAAUUUCCCUUGUAUUUUUUUUGCCUCAUGUAUUUUGCCUAAUUUCCCCUAGCUAAUGAGGUUAUGUGAGAUUCCACCCUUCCCUGUAUUUUCAUUCUGAAUCCAGAGCCUUGUGAGUUUUUGGAUGUGCUAAAUACAUAUGCACAAAGACCUCUGGGGUUUUUAAUUGACAUUUUGGAGUCUGAAACUGAAACAAGGAGAAAUUAAUUUUCUAUGGAAAUCUGUCUUCCUGGCUAGGAAACAGAUUUCUUAGUGAAAUUAAUCCUGCAGAUUAUGCAGAUCCCUGUCAUGGCCAACCAUACAGCCAUUAUAGUUCAUACUUAUGUUCGGGCUGAAGUGGGUAGCUGAAAGAUGAAAUGUUUCAACAACUUAUUGGAGGGGUGCUCCCAAUUUACCAUUGCUAAACUUCUUUCUCCCCGCCCCCCAACAAAGGGUAUUUUCUGUGGGGGUUUUUUGGACCAUCACUUCAAGCCACAGUGAAAACAACUGUAUUAGCCCCCUGGUCACGAUUUAGCAACCCCACAUUGCCCUGAACUUAGCAUUGUUCAGGGACAUUGCAAGGAGCAAUGUCAUGGAAGUGGUGUUUCUUAAGAUGAAAAUGUGAUGCUCCCUUGUUUUUGCUGCUGGAUGCUGCAUGUUGUUUCAGUAAUCUGGUUAUAUUUAUUGGAUUGGAUUGUGGUGGUUUUAUGUUAUCAUAUUUGCUAUUGUUUUGUUAUAGUGUUAUGAAAUUGUUUUUUUACAGUGUUUGAAAUGCAUCCCUGUUCCUUUGUUGCAAACCACUGGGAACAUGAUUUUGUGUGUGUGGAAAACAGACUUCCAGAUAAAUGAACGAAUGAGUGGGAAAAUGGCGACCCCCACAAACAAAAAAACCAGGGGAAAUUCUUUUUAUGUGGGGCAGGGAGUUGAGGGGAAAUGAAUCUCAAAGAAAUUAUCAGAAAAAUGACCUCUGAGUAAUGUUGUCUCAGCUCAUAGGAUAAGUAUUCAGAUCACAGGGUGCGAUUCCUCCUCAUAGGCCUGAGCCUUUGGCACCUCUUGUUUCGGGGAAAUAAGCACUAACCUUGAGGCGGGGGGAGGGGAAGCAUCAUCACAAAACGUUGAUGCUGAUGGAUGCCUUAUUUAUGUGCACUGUUGUCUUAUGUAAAUCCAGCUACAGCCCUUAAUGGUGUGGUGCCACUUUGAUUUACACUGUGAAAGGGAGUGUGUGGGAGUAUGGCAGUGUUAAAAACUUUCUGGUAACAAACAGCAGGUUGCCUUAUGUUACCAGCAUUAGCAUUUGAGUUCACUGCGGCUGAACUCAAUUUGUAUCAGUGGAGAUUUAUAUCAAGCAGUGGGAAGGCAGGUCAUAUCCCACUGCCGUCUGUCAGAAUUAGCAUCAAGAAUCUAGACCAUUACAGCAACAAAUAAAAGGUAGUUAGAGGAAUAAGUCAUGUUCUAUCAACUCCUUGUAAUGGUCAUUCUAAUGCUAUGGUGUCUCCUAGACCUAUUACUUUAGUUUUCAGAGAAAAAUCAAUCUCUCCAGAUUAUUUCAUUAUAACUUUCUUUUCUUUUUUCUUUUUUCUUUAAAUAGUUUGGAUCAUGAAACUUCUUCACCGCUUAUAG